AUGCACUCAGCCAUGAACUAUAGACAGUCUCGACGAUCUGCGUGUGAUCGAUGUCGCGGAUUCAAGCUCCGCUGUGAACGCGAUCAAGGAAAUGGCAGAUCAUGCGAGAGGUGCCUCAAAGCUCAGGUGGUAUGUACUACCAAUAUCGGUCAGCCUGCUACAAAUUAUCUACCGUCAAAGAGCAAUUCUUGGACAUUGUCAAGAGAUUUUGAUGGCCGGUAUAUAAGCAGCGAGCAACAUGCUAUGCCCAUUCUUCACAAGCCCUCUAUCUCAAAAGUGAAGAAGCCAAGCAUAUCCUCCAGCACUAGCCGAAGGCACGAUCAUCUUGGCCUCCAUUAUUGGGGUGAUUCGGAGAAAAUCCCUUAUCCUACCGGGGAACGGAGUCGCUUCAUAGAAGAUCAAAGCUUUCAGUGUGCUUCUCAUCCUGUUGGAACUUUCCCGUUUGAGCCUUGGGGAGAUCAAAUGUCGCCAUGGACGGCAACCCCGUUCCAGGUGCCUUUGAUAGAUGAUUUCAUGUUUGAACCCGAUCAUCGUCUCAGGAGCCAGCUCUCAUUCUCGGAUACGCCUAUGAUAGACUAUUCCCGAAGCAUUCAAAAUAGUACCAGCAUCGAAACAGCUUCUCUAUCCACAGAGAGACUAAAUAGCAUUGUUCCAGAUUCCAUACUUCUUUCCGAUUCCGGCUGGGAAUCUUCCUGGGAGAACAGUCUUCAACCAACGAGAGACGAAGAGCUGCCAAAACCUGCAGUGGACUCGCAUUUUAUGAACUCGUGCAGUCUGCGGAAGAGCCUUUUGAGGUUAGGAAUGGAGCUGAUUGAUGAUCUGGAGUUCCUGGAGACCGAAAAAUUCAUCUUUGGGUCGUCAUCUCUGUUGAGAGAAGACAUCAAUCCCAUGGUUAGAAAGCUUGAUCUCCCAAUCUUUCGAAUGCUCAACCACUCUACACAGUUUAUUGAGAUUCUUCAGCGUGAAUUAGUCACUUUGAGAGACAGAUUCAGCUUCCCGUCUGUUGAUAUCAGCCAAAGCCCUUUUGAUGAAAUGAAAUGUGCACCGGUAGAUACAUUGGAGAACUACAUGGAGGAUGCUGCAAAUACAGCUUCUUCAUACGAUUCAGGCUACCUUACCGUGAUGGCAUCACCCGUGAAUCAAGGCCAGAUCCAUAAUCAGGCAAGCCUUGACAUUUCCACAGCUUUGAGUAUUUUGUCUACUUACUCUCAUCUUAAUCGAGUAUAUCGUGCCGUUUUCACUCAGCUUUAUCAACUACUCCUCGUUAUUCCUCCGCAUUAUGCUGCCCCAUUCCUUUUGCUACCAAAUUUCAAAUUUGGGCAAUUUCAUAUGGAGGGGAGUCUCACGGUUCAAAUUCAAGUCUUGAUUGAACUAAGCUCGGACAUGCUGGCAAAGAUUGAAAGGGCUCUUGGAAUGUCUUCUGGCCCCUGUUGUGAGGUUGACGGAGAGUCUAGUCCAGCUGUGUUUAUCAUGGAGAAUAGUCCUGUGGCAUCUAUUCGGGAUCUUGUUAUGACGCAGGAGCAUGUCACGUGUGGGAUUUCGCUGAAGGAGACUAUGAGCUGUUUAGGACAGCUUGUCAAAGAGCCCACUGGUCUAUGA